AUGCUUGGUCUGGAGAGUGCUGUCCAGGAGGAUGCUGAAGGCAAGACCAAGAUCACAGCCUUGUUUCUGGAUUUUUUUGUGCAGAAGGAAGCUGGGAAAGCCCUCAAAGCCCUGCCACAAGAAGAACCAGUUCGAGAUUUGUUGGUCAAAGUGUGGUAUGUGGUGUAUACAAACAUGCAUGUGUGCAGAGACCAGAGGACAUCAGGUGUUCUGCUCUAUCACUGUAUUGCACCUAAUUCCCUUAAGACAGGAUCUUUCACUGAACUGGAGGUAUACUGGCAGCCAACUUUUUUCAUAUUCGUGUCCUUUCUUUGCAGACCAGUUACAACCUCCCGCACAUCUUUGCCACCAUGGAUGAUCGCCCUUACUGUGCUUGGAGUGCUGGCAAUCCUUGGAGUAACUAUUGGUCUCUUGGUUCACUUUCUGGCAGUGGAAAAUAAGAUCUACUACUAUCAAGGUAGCUUUAAAGUGCUGAAUAUUCCAUAUAAUAGAAAUUAUGAAAGGGAGACAUCACCAGAAAAUAACUAUCUUAGUAAAAUUCUUGAAACCAAAAUGGUUGAUGCAUUUCAAAGUUCUAACAUGUACAGACAAUACAUCAACUCUCAGGUUAUCACAUUGGAUCCCGAUAACAACAGCAUCACAGUACACAUAUGGCUGGUAUUCAAGGAUUCCAGGUCAAGGAAGGAAAACACAAGAAGAAGAAUCGAAAGCAUCUUAAGUCAGAUGCUGAGGAACCAUACAGGAUCCUUCACUACAGAUCCCAAUUCUCUUAAGCUCAUGGAAAUAAGUAAGGUUGAUGCUGAAAAUAUUAUCAACAACCGCUGUGGGAGACGACCAAGGAUGUCAGCAACCUACGAUAGAGUCAAAGGAGGUUCCACUGCUCAGAAAGGAGAAUGGCCUUGGCAGGCAAGUCUCAGAGUGAAUGGCAGACACCACUGUGGGGCAUCACUGAUCAGUGAAAGAUUCCUGGUAACUGCAGCUCACUGCUUUCAAAAAACAGACAACCUCCAAAACUUAACUAUUAGCUUUGGCACUAAAGUAACUCCACCCUACAUGCAACAUAACAUUCAACAAGUUAUCAUUCAUGAGGACUACAUCAAGGGGGAGCACCAUGAUGAUAUUGCGGUUAUUCUGCUCACUGAAAACGUUUUAUUCAAGAAUGAUGUACAUCGUGUUUGUCUUCCUGAAACCACACAGAUUUUUCCACCAGGGGAAGGAGUUGUUGUUACAGGAUGGGGAGCACUUUCACAUAGUGGGGAAUCCCCACUGUUACUUCAGAAAGCAUCUGUGAAAAUUAUUGACACAAAUAUUUGCAAUGCUAAAGAAGCUUACAAUGGCAGGAUACUGGACACAAUGCUCUGUGCUGGUUACAUGGAAGGAAAUAUUGAUGCCUGCCAGGGUGACUCUGGAGGACCAUUAGUUCAUCCCAAUUCUCAAGGUAUUUGGUACCUUGUUGGAAUAGUGAGCUGGGGACAUGAAUGUGGCAAAAUCAAUAAGCCAGGGGUCUAUACAAGAGUGACUGCCUACCGCAACUGGAUUGCCUCCAAGACUGGUGUCUAA